GUUAGAGAGAGACAGAAGAUGCCAGCGGCUCUGAAUUCAAGAAAGCACCCCACUGGUGGUCGCCGUUCCGACUUGAAAGAGGUUUCUGAGUGGUGUCAGAAGCACACCAUGGAUCCCACGAGUGGGAGGGUGCAUCGCCGCGGGGAGACCAGGAGCGAGAUCCUUGAUGGACCUGCGGUGGCAGUUCAUGAAGAUGAAGAAGUUGAUGACGACAUGAGGCAUUUCAAAGAGACGAUCGAGAACUGGAACCUUCACACGGAGGCGUUCCCGCUCCCCAUCCAGCCUGUGUGCCCAACUCUACGGCCCGUGGAGGAGAGAAAAGAAGACGACGAACCCUUCAUCAUGUUCAGCCAUGACAUUUUGGUCUGCUGCUAUGAUGCCCCCGAGCUGACUUAUGACGAGCACUUCAGCAAAGUGCUUCCGGGAAAAACGAGUCCAUCGCACUUCGUGGUUUACAUGACCAACCCGUAA